AUGGCGGAAUUGAAAUCAUUAAUUCAGGAACGCGGUACGAUUAGGGGAAGAGUAACUGCCUUUCAUAAGUAUAUGAAAAUUACAGAAGCAAUUGAUUCUAAAGCUAUGCAUAAGGUUCAGCUUAAUGAGCUUCAAUUUAAACUAGAAAGAUUUCAAAACCUAUUGACCGUUUUUGAUGAAGUUCAACGAAAAAUUGAAUUAUUGAGCGAGGAUACUCUAGAACAAGAAAGGCAAUUACAAGAAAGGGAAACAAUGGAAAAUAAUUUUUGUUCCUUAAUCGUACAAGCGCAGAAUAUUAUUGAGAGCUGUAUAGACGCUCAAAAACUGAAUGAAACUAAUCGUAACGAUGGUUCUUUAAAUUCAUUUGAAUCCAAAUCUAAAUCUCUUAAUAUUAAGUUGCCAACAAUAAAUUUGCCUAGUUUUGACGGCAAUUAUUUGAAGUGGUUGGAAUUUCGAGAUACUUUUCGUUCUAUGGUAAACGAAAAUGAGUCAAUUCCGAAAAUAAAUAAAUUUCAUUAUUUACGGUCCGUGUUGGAAGGUAGUGCCGCGGUAGUGAUAAAAUCAAUUGAGUUUUCGUCGGAAAAUUAUGACGUAGCAUGGGACCUACUUUGCCAACGAUAUGACAAUACAAGACUUCUUGUUAACAAUCAUUUAAGGGCAUUGUUUUCAUUUCAACCUAUUGCUAGGGAGUCCCAUCAGUCACUGCGUUAUAUGAUUGAUUAUUUCACAAAACACUUGCGAGCUCUAGGUACCCUAAAGGAACCUACUUCCUUCUGGGACACUUUGAUCAUUUUUAUGAUGACAACAAAACUAGAUGGCGCCACAAGUCGCAAAUGGGAGGAGCACAGGAAUUGUUUGACUGAGCCGCCUUCUCUUGAAUCUUUUUGUGAAUUUUUACGUAAUCGUGCUGAUGUUUUGGAAACUGUACACUUUUGUAAAACUGAACAACCAAAGACAGAUAAACACGUUCAAAGUAAAGAACCAAAAUAUACCAAAGCUUUUGUUGCUGCAAAUUCAUCGUCGAAAUCGUGUGUUAUUUGUUCAAAAAAUCAUUUUCUUUACGAGUGCGAUAAAUUUAAAAGUAAGAAUGUAGAUGCAAGGUUGAGCCUAGUUAAUAAGCAUAAAUUGUGUUCUAAUUGUUUUAAAUCUGGUCAUCGUCCCUCUCGUUGCUUCAGGAAAGGCUGCCGGAUAUGUAAUGCGAAACACAACUCGUUAUUACAUAAACAAUUGCAAGAGAAUGGUACUGUGAACAUAGACAACAAUAUACCUAGCCCAUCUUCGUCUUCUCAAGGCGGUAGUGCCAAUGAACAGGUGUCGCUGUCUGCGAUGAUGCCUGGUCAAGUGUUGCUUUGUACCGCUCAGGUGAGAAUAGUUGAUCCGAACAGUAAUAAAACUUACCUCGUAAAGGCUCUUCUCGACAACGGAAGCCAGGCGUCUUUCGUCACGGAAGAACUACAAAGAAAGAUUAACUUACCUAUUUCUCAUCAAAAUCCGAUGAAAGUAUUGGGAAUUAAUAACGCAGUCUGUGCUGCAUCACAAGUUUGUAACAUAAAAAUGCAAUCACGGGUCAAUUCUUUUCACAUGAUGGUAUCUUGUCUGGUCAUACCACAUAUAACAAAUAGCUUACCUAACGUGGAAAUAGACACGUCUACGUUGAACUUACCUGCAAACAUUGAGUUGGCUGAUCCAAGCUUUUUUAAUCCCUCUGAUAUUCAUAUAUUGUUAGGGGCAGAUGUAUUCUGGGAGAUCGUUCAUGGUCAUCAGAUUAAGCUUGGGCGAAAUAAGCCUACUCUCCAAGAAUCACGAUUAGGUUGGUUGAUAUCUGGGCCAACUGGUGUAGGUUCUGGUUCAGGAGUUCAUAACAAAAUUUGUAAUUUCUCCCGAAAUAUAAAUGAAUCUCUUUCUAGGUUUUGGGAGAUUGAGGAAUUACCCCCUCUUAACAGGCAGAAGUUCUCAAAGGUUGACGAGGGGACAUAGAAAAAAUGUACCGACAAAUCGAGGUCGAUGAGUCGCAGCGCCAUCUGCAAUUGAUUCUCUGGAGGGAUAAAUCUACUCAGACAAAUAAUAAUUGCGUACAGUGUACCAAAAUAAAAG